AUGGAGGUGAGGGACGGGACCGAGAUGGAGAUAGGGGCUGACUGUGCGCCUCCGCCCGUCACACACCCGGCGGGCCGCCGCGGCUGUCUUGGGCUUGGCUCCGUGGGCGAUGAGGAGGUGUCGAGGCCCGACGAGCGUCGCGCCGGCCCCCGGCAGGUGUCCGAGCCCCGCUACCCCCUCCGCGCCCCGGCGCCCUCCCGUGUGGGAGCAGGUCCCAACGUGGCGUUCCGAGGAGGCAGCCGCUGCUGGGGCAGUGCGGAAGCGGGCGGGAGGCCCACGGACGUGUUCAGCGCUGCCCUGCCGGGCUCUGCCUCGCUCUAUGCCUGCUACAAAUCACAGAAUGAAGAAAAUAUGGAGUUACCUCAGGCCUACAGUUCUUCCCUUUCAACAUCAGAGUACUCUGCACCCAUGGACCCUUCCCUUUUGUACCCCGCUUGGUCUACAUGUACAGAUGACACCAAGCAGCCUGCUGCUCCUCAGGUUAACCUGAAAUCCAGGAUUCAGCCCGAAAGGAAUGAUUAUGGCAGUGAAGCUGAUUUGUAUGGACUCGUGUCAGACAUCUUGGAAGAACAAGACAAACCACAGCCAUGCUUUGCUGAGGGGAGUUGCCCUCCCACCCUGAAGUCAGUGUGGCCAGUGAACACGACCAGAAUGGAGCCCCAUGAGCUGUUGCCAGAAGCCAGGAGGGCAGUUGUUGGAACAGUGCCCCAGCAGGGUUUCUGUGGCAGUGAGUCCAUCCCUGCUGCUGACAAGCAGUUCCUGCAGAGUCCCACUCUGGUGGCACAGCAGAAAGCAGAUGAUUGUUACCGUGGCUUUGCUGGUGUGGACCUGGAAGAGCAGAGCUUGUACUCUGCCAGGAGCGAUCGUGCCAAUGGCUGCAACUUGCAGGCUAAUGAGAGUAUGAAGACAACACCUGUGUAUCAGAACUACCCCUACCUGAAAAACACCUAUGCAGCCCAAGCUGGGUACUCAGAAGCAAUCAAAGACUCGGGAGCUGAUGCUUAUUCUUAUGGAAGGGAGAAGCUGUGUCCCAAAGGAGCAGAUGCACAGGUGCACCCGAAGCGGGCAGAAACAUUCCUUCCACAGUGUCACAGAUACAAUGAGAACACAGAUUAUACCAGAUACACUGAAUAUUCUCAUGCUGGUAAAGCAAAGCCCAACAAGGGCACCAGUUGUAGCCUCCAAGAAAAUAGAAAGCUGGUAAAUGGAACCCCUGAGGCACCAUCUUUGGAUGCAGAGUCCUAUGCUAAAUUAUUUCAAGUAAAAUCAGGAACUCAGAAAAAAUUUGAAGAUACAAUUUCAGAUCAGCAUGACUUUACAUUUCCCAAGUCUGCAGGACUUGUAUCAGAAAAACAGUUUGCAAGUGAAUCUUCCUUUGGCACUGAUUUUGGGCAAAAAUUUGAAUAUGGACUAAAAUCUUUUGCAGCUUGUCCAGGAAAUAAUGGUGUGGAAAAACAGCAGUUUUCCAAGGCUGAUCUUCAGAAUCCUGAAUUCUAUAAAUCACUCCCAUUGUUGCCCAGUGCAGCAGUCCCCUCAGCAGGUUCUAGCACCAGACCAGGGUGGAUGAACAUCCAAACCAAACCCAUGGCUUCUGGCCCCUUCCAGAAUCCAAGUCCUUUGUUGAAACUGAAUAAUCAGUCACCUGCAUUUGCAAAAAGCUCUCGUCAUUCUAAUGAUGUUUUUCAGUUGCCAUCUUCAAAUUUGCCUUUAAAUAGUAAUUUACUUCACAAAUACUGUCAAGACAGCCCAUUGCUCUCCAACCUUGAGUUUGGCUACAGCGCUGCAGAACGAGCUCGGGCGGCUGCGUGCAUGGAAGCUCUGGUCAGGGGUGGGGAAGAGAACCUCAUCGAGUACCUCAGUGAGAAGAAGUUGAAGCAGCCAAAUGGAUUCUGUGACAGUUACUUGGCCCAGCAGUUGGGGAUCAUUGAUAAUCUGAACAAACAGCGUUUCCAGCUGAAGCCACAGAGCGAGCAGUGUGAUCUGGAAGGGCAGAACCAGGCGGAUGGGGUGUUUCAGGACAUGUACCAGGAGUUACUGGAGUCUCAGGGGCAGCUGCAUCUUGGGGCAGGGAAUGGGGACACCGGUGCUGGGAGCCUGCAGGCUCCAGGCAUUCCCAACUGCAUGGUGGGUGACUUCAGGCGGAACCGGCAGCUGGGCCCCAGCACCUUCCCCAUGCGAUCUGCUCACCUCAUGGGCCGCUCCGUGGUGCCUCUGAUGGACCCUCACACCUUGUUCUCCCAGGAUGAUCUCAAACACCUCUACCCCUGCUUCACGGAGAAGAUGUACGGUGACAGUGCACUCUCUGGUUUUGUGUCAGCAUUUGGAUUUCAAAAGCAAGUUAAAAGUCGCAGUGGGCCUGCCAGCGAGCUGCAUGUGAGACUGGAAGAGUGUUAUGAGCAAUGGAGAGCUUUGGAGAAAGAAAGAAAGAAGACUGAAUCAGCUCUUGCUAAGAAUUUCCAAGGGAAGAAGGUUUCCAGUACUAACAACAUUCCAAUUCCAAGGCUGACAUCAAAUCCAUCAAGGGUUGAUCGCUUAAUUGUGGAUCAGCUACGGGAACAAGCCAGAAUUGUGACUUUACUGGGGAAGAUGGAGCGCCUGCGCAGUUCUCCGCUCCUCGCCAACAUCUCCACUGCUCUGGAUAAACACCUGGAGUCGAUCCAUGUAGUGCAGGCUCGGAGGAAGGAUGAAAUUGUCAAUGCUUCCAGUCGGCAGCGGCAUGGCCCUCCCAGGUGCCAGGAUGAGAGAGUGGUGCUGGCUCUGGCCACGGCGCUCCGAGCCCUGUGCCUGGCCACACGCAAGGUCCGCACCAUGCUGUGGUGCGCCUUCCAGAUGACCCUGCCCAAACCCUCGGCUGGCAAACGGGCUCGGGACAGACUGCCUCAGGAGGGGGCAGCGCCCGAAGAGAAACGAGUGGAGACACCCCUGGCUGCGGCCCCGGGAGGGCCCAGGGAAGAGGGUGCAGAGGGGCUGUGCAAGGACCUGCUCCGCAGUGUGUAUGAGAAAGGAGAGAUGAAUUCCUCAUAA